AUGAACUUAAGCAUCACCAUCCUGCUGAAGAAAACUGAUCUCGUGCCUCAGAAAACGUUCAUGUGGGUCUUUUUCACCCUGCAGGCUUCAGUCCUACAGGGCGUGGCCUCAGUCCUACAGGGCGUGGCCUCAGUCCUACAGGGCGUGGCCUCAGUCCUACAGGGCGUGGCUUCAGCCCUGCAGGGCGUGGCCUCAGUCCUACAGGGCGUGGCCUCAGUCCUACAGGGCGUGGCCUCAGUCCUACAGGGCGUGGCCUCAGUACUACAGGGCGUGGCCUCAGUCCUACAGGGCGUGGCUUCAGCCCUGCAGGGCGUGGCCUCAGUCCUACAGGGCGUGGCCUCAGUCCUACAGGGCGUGGCCUCAGUCCUACAGGGCGUGGCCUCAGUCCUACAGGGCGUGGCCUCAGUCCUACAGGGCGUGGCCUCAGUCCUACAGGGCGUGGCCUCAGUCCUACAGGGCGUGGCCUCAGUCCUACAGGGCGUGGCCUCAGUCCUACAGGGCGUGGCCUCAGUCCUACAGGGCGUGGCCUCAGUACUACAGGGCGUGGCCUCAGUCCUACAGGGCGUGGCUUCAGCCCUGCAGGGCGUGGCCUCAGUCCUACAGGGCGUGGCCUCAGUACUACAGGGCGUGGCUUCAGUACUACAGGGCGUGGCCUCAGUCCUGCAGGGCGUGGUUCAGCUCCGUGAUGAACCCCACGACUCCGUGAAGCUGAUCAAGUUCGCGGACGACACCACCCUCAUUGGACUCAUCUCCAACAACGAUGAGUCCGCCUACAGGAGGGAGGUGGACCGGCUGGUGUCCUGGUGCAGUGGUAACAACCUGGAGCUGAACGCCCAGAAGACAGUGGAGAUGAUUGUGGACUUCAGGAAGAGCACUGUCCCCCCGCCCCCACCCUCCCUGAUGGACUCCCCCAUCACCUCUGUGGAGUCCUUCCGUUUCCUGGACACCACCAUCACCCAGGACCUCAAGUGGGAGCCGACCAUCAGCUCCCUCAUCAAGAAGGCCCAGCAGAGGAUGUACUUCCUGCGGCAGCUCAGGAAAGCCAAGCUGCCUGCACAGAUGUUGGUGCAGUUCUACACGGCCAUCAUCGAGUCCAUCCUCACCUCCUCCAUCACCGUGUGGUUCGCUGGAGCCACAGUCAGGGACAAACAGAGACUACAGCGCAUUGUGCGCUCUGCAGAGGAAGUGAUCGGCCGCAGCCUUCCAUCGCUGCAGGACCUAUCCUUUGGGCAGAAGCUGUCUCCAACACUGACGGACAGUGACAGACUUGUUCCAACUUUAUUCCGCUUUAUAAAGCACCACAUUUUGGAUAUGUAUUUCUCCUCUCCGGCCUGGUGCUCUGCCCUGGGCCUGGCUCAGGACCCAGUGGAGCGUUAA